UCAGUUUAUCAGAACAGACAGUAUGUUCUGCCGAAAUCAUACCAGAUAACAUGUUUUUUUUUGUGUUUUUGUCAAGGUGGCUGCUAUGCAUAACAGUGCAAAUAUGCUGAUUCAUGAGCAAUUUCUGAGGCUAAAGCACCCUUUAAUCUUCCAUGUGUCAGACUUACAUUCAGCCAGAGCAGUGUGUGAAAUAUUCUACAAUAUAUUUUCUGUUUUUACAUAUAUGAAGAUGUGUGCAUAUGUGCCUUUUUGCAGGAUGCUGCGUCUAGCAUGUUGCACAGCCCUGCUGUUCGUACUGAGGUUGCUCGCAGGCCUGCCCUGGUACCAGGUUCUCCCGGCCAUUCUCAUCUUCUACCUGGGUGCAGGAGGAUGGAGCUUCCUAAAGAUUUUUGCAAAAACAAUUGGCAGAGACCUACAUGCUGCACACGUCCUCUUGCAGGUUAAAAUGAAUGUGAGCCGCCAUCUCAGAAAUAAGAAUACCAUACCUAAAAUUUUUGCUGAGACAGUGCAACGCCAUGGGGACAAGACGGCACUGAUUUUUGAAGGGACUGGAGAAAAGUGGACCUUCAGACAGUUGGAUGAAUACUCCAACAGGGUAGCUAACCUGCUCCUGGAACGCGGCUUCAAGGAAGGGGAUGUGGUGGCCCUAUUCAUGGAGAACAGAUCCCAAUAUGUGGGCCUCUGGCUCGGAAUGGCUAAAAUUGGAGUAGAAGCUGCCCUCAUCAACUUUAAUUUGAGGCUGGAAGCUUUGGUCCACUGCCUCACCAUCUCUAAUGCCAAGGCUGUGGUCUUUGGGAUGGAGCUUAAUGAUGCUGUUUAUGAGGUCCAUACAUCUAUGGGGAAAAAAGUUCAGAUGUUCUGCUCUGGGGACUGGGACCCCAAACGGGUUCCGCAAGGGACUGAGUGCCUAGAGCAUCUGCUGGCUUCUGCCCCCACCCACCUGCCCAGUGGGCCACAGCGCUGCUUCACAGAUCGCCUAUUUUACAUCUAUACAUCAGGAACCACUGGGAUGCCCAAAGCUGCCAUUGUGGUUCACAGCAGGUACUACCGUAUGGCAGCGUUGGUGUACUAUGGCUUCAGGAUGACCUCAGAUGAUGUGCUGUAUGACUGUCUGCCACUCUACCACUCCGCAGGUAACAUAGUGGGGGUAGGACAGUGUAUAAUCCACGGCAUGACUGUGGUCAUCAAAAAGAAGUUCUCCGCCUCGCGUUUCUGGGAUGAUUGUAUCAAAUAUAACUGCACAAUUGUGCAAUACAUCGGAGAGAUCUGCAGGUACCUGCUGAAUCAGCCAGUUCGGGACACGGAGCAGCAGCAUCGGGUGCGGAUGGCAUUGGGCAAUGGUCUGCGCCAGUCCAUUUGGGAAGAGUUUACCGGCCGAUUCAACAUCCCGCAGAUCGCUGAGUUCUACGGAGCCACAGAAUGCAACUGCAGCCUGGGAAACUUUGAUAACAAGCUGGGAGCGUGUGGAUUCAAUAGUCAGAUCCUACCCUUCAUUUACCCCAUCAGACUGGUGAGGGUGGAUGAAGAGACUAUGGAGCUGAUUAGAGGACCUGAUGGAGUCUGUAUUCCCUGUAAACCUGGUGAGCCUGGCCAGCUAGUUGGAAAGAUUAUCCAGAAUGACCCUCUGCGGAGAUUUGAUGGCUACGUCAAUCAGUCGGCAACCAGUAAGAAGAUAUCCCACAGCGUCUUCAAGAAGGGGGACAAUGCCUAUCUGUCAGGUGAUGUGCUUAUUAUGGAUGAGUGUGGCUACAUGUACUUCAAGGAUCGCACGGGAGACACUUUCCGCUGGAAAGGAGAAAACGUCUCCACCACUGAGGUGGAGGGGACGCUCAGUAGACUGCUGGAAAUGAAAGACGUGGUUGUCUACGGAGUAGAAGUACCAGGAGCAGAGGGUAAGGCUGGCAUGGCAGCGAUCGCUGACCCCUCCCACUCAACUGACCUGGAGAGGUUUGCAAAAGACAUGGAGAAGGUUCUUCCUUCAUACGCCAGACCUGUCUUCCUCCGCUUCCUUCCAGAGGUCAACAAGACAGGCACAUAUAAGUUCCAGAAGACAGAGAUGCGUCGGGAUGGUUUCGAUCCCAACAUUGUGUCAGACAGACUGUAUUUCCUGGAUCCUAGCAGAGGCAGCUACGUGGAGCUGGACGAGAACCUGUACCGCGCCAUCAUUUCAGGGAAACAAAAGUUGUGAUGACCAGGCUGGCAACCACACACACACACACACACUCAAACACACACACACAGGUAUUUACACACCCUUCAUAAAGACAUGGGUAAUGAAAAACUGUGAGACAAGGAUAGCAGCGAGCAGGUCCCCCACAUAAACACUUUAAAAUACAUAAAGGUAGAUAUAGCCAUACACCCCUGCACCCAGCAAACACACUGGCAGUCUCACGUACACACACAUUUACAUAAAACUCAGAAGUUUUCGACACGUUCUUGCUCCUUCGUCCCUAAAGGUGAACUUAAACCUGCCCCGAUACACCACACCCUAGCUCAUCCCUUCUGAAUCUCCUAGCUCACUUCUCUUGCUACCUCAGCAAACAAAUACAGGGGCAGCGACCCAACUACCCGGUCUCAUUCACUCUCACUCCAUUCGACGAAUACAGCACCGUUGAACUGAAAUGAGCCUUCAUUGCCAUUCUACACAAACCUUCAUGGGACCCCUUUACAACACUUCGUCUUGCUACAGCCGGAGCCUGACCCACAAACCCGAUGCUUUUGCCGGGGGACACCGCUGGUAAAGAGGAGGGAUAUGCGGUGCUUGAGAAUCCAGAAUGCAAAAACUAGAAAUUACAGUGAACUGCAAAUAUAGUGGAUGUUUAGGAGGCGCAUGGAUAAGGCUGUACAGCACAUGGCUUAAUGGAAGAACCCUAUGAGGACCUACACUGUCUGUCUGUUUAUUGUUCUGUGAGUGAUAUUGCUUUGUGAGAAAAUGGAGAUUUUAUUUUAGACUCAACCUGCACAAUUAGCCAGCUGUGAAGAACCUGUGUAAAUAACAAUUACUUCUUUCCUCUCCCAAAGGUUGAGUUUCCAAAGUUCUUACCACAAUCCCUCUGGUACCAUUCUCCUCACCCCAAUCCCUCCCUCUACACUCCUCUCCAUUUGUUGGAGACAACCUGUGACUUAAGGCCUUUAUUUGAGUUCCCAAAGUUCUUACCACAAUCCCUCUGGUACCAUUCUCCUCACCCCAAUCCCUCCCUCUACACUCCUCUCCAUUUGUUGGGGACAACCUGUGAUUUAAGGCCUUUAUUUGAGUUCCCAAAGUUCUUACCACAAUCCCUCUGGUACCAUUCUCCUCACUCCAAUCCCUCCCUCUACACUCCUCUCCAUUUGUUGGAGACAACCUGUGACUUAAGGCCUUUAUAUUUGAGAAUUGGGCAAGUAGGGCAAAUUAUUUGGAAAAGGGAACAAAAAUAGGGCAGGAUUUUGGAAAGUCUUUUUAGAUACACUACAUGGCCAAAAGUAUGUGGAAAACAUCACACCCAUAUGUGCCUCAUUCCUAAACCAUGGGCAUUAAUAUCGAGUUGGUAACUGCUGUGCUGCUGUAACAGCCUCCACUCUUCUGGGAAGGCUUCCCACUAGAUUUUGGGACAUGGCUGCAGGGAUUCAUUCCCAUUCAGCCACAACAGCAUUAGUGAGGUCGGAUGCUGAUGUUGGAAAGAAGACCUUGCUCGCAGUCAGCUUUCCAAUUCAUCCCAUAGGUGUUGAAGUCAGUGCUCUGUGUAGACCAGUCAAGUUCUUCCACACCAAACUCAGUAAACCAUGUCUUUAUGGACCUCGCUUUGUGCAUGUGGGCAUUGUCAUGCUGGAACAGGAAUGAGCCUUCACCGAACCAUUGCCACAAAGUUGGAAGCACAGUUUUGUAAUAAAAAUGUAUGCUGUAGCGUUAAGAUUUCCCUUCGCUGGAACUAAGGGGCCUAGCCUAAACCAUAAAAAACAGCCCAGACCAUUAAGCGUUGGCACUAUGCAUUCAGGCAGGUAGCGCUCUUCUGCCAAACCUAGAUCCGUCCCUCAGACUGCCAGAUAUUGAACCAUGAUUUAUUACUGUAGGAAAUGUGUUUCCAUUGCUCCAGAGUCCAACGGUGGUGUGCUUUACACCACUCCAGCCGAUGCUUGGUAUUAUGCAUGGUGAUCUUGGGUUUGUGUGCAGCUGCUCGGCCAUAGAAACCCCUUUCAUGAAGCUCCCGACAAACAGUUCUUGUGCUGACGUUGCUCCCAGAGACAGUUUGGGACUCGGUAGUGAGUGUUGAACCGAGGGCAGACGAUUUUUAUACCUGUUCUGUGAGCUUGUGUGUCCUACCACUUCGCGGCUAAGCUGUUGUUGCUCCUAGAUGUGCACUUCAUAAUAACAGCACUUAAGGAAACCAGGUCAGAUCUAGCAGGGCAGAAAUUUGUUGGAAACGUGGCGUCCUGUGACACAACCAUGUUGGAAGUCACUGAGCUCUUCUGCAUGAUCCAUUCUGCUGCCAAUGUUUGUCUCUAGAGACUGCAUGGCUGUAUGCUGGAUUUUGUGCACCUGUUAGCAAUGGAUGUGGCUGAGCUAGCUAAAUCCACUGAUUAGAAGUGGCAUCCACUUACGUUUGCCCAUGUAGUGUAUACCCUUGGCCAGAGAAUUUGAACUCAACCAGUGGUUGAAACUGAAAGAUUUUUUAUGCAAUAGGGUUCCAGCGUUGGCAGUGCAAUGAUCAGCCAUACCAAGAGCUGAUAUAAAAAAAACUGUAUUUAAAAUUGUCUGCAUUACACCAAAUAUAUUUAAGCUUUAGUAAAGUUAUUUUACAUAUUUAGGAUAAAGUAUUAGUAAUUUAUAUUUUUUGUGUCACAAACUUCAAACCUCUCGUAUUUUGUGAUGCAAAUGAUUAUCUUGCUGCAAUGGUAUUACAUUUGGAUUAUCACUCCCAAGAAAAUCCUAUACUCCAGAUAUGAGUCCUCAACAAUGUAAUCCGCAGUAUGCGUUCUACAUCAGUUGCUGGAAGACAGAGAAAAUUCAUCUGGAUGUUCCAACUCUGGUAUAAACAUGUGGUGCCAAUUCCAGAAACUACUACUACUACGUUCAGCUGCUCCCGUUAGGGGUCGCCACAGCGGAUCAUCCGUUUCCAUUUCUUCUUGUCUUCUGCAUCUUCCUCUGUCAUCUUCCUCUGCCACCUGUAUGUCAUUCCUCACCACAUCCAUAAACCCCCUCUUUGGCCUUCUUCUUUUCUGAAAUUGGUGCCAGUUCCAGAAAAAUGUAGUUUAAAACCAGGUCAGUAAUAUUUCAACUAGUAUCUUGUAUAAAAUGUGUAGUCCACAAAUUAAUCCCCAUCCACUCAUCUAAUGUGUGGUGUGGUUCACUGGGUGUAUUGUGCAGGUUUUGUCCUUAACUUCACUUAAUAUAAGGUGUGUGCAUUUAUUGAAAACCGUUUUAAGAAGAGUAAAGAGUGAGAAGCACCAAUCUCUUGCAUGAUGAGAACUUGGUUUCAGUAAGUCCAAAAUACUGGUGCUGAAGAGGGCGUAGUCUGCUGAAUUCAAUAGAAUGAAAUGAUCCAAAGACUUGAAGGAAGGGGGUGGAAACGGGACGCGGCUGGGGAUGCAAAGAAGUACUCAAAUAGCAGAAGGGAAAAUAUGCUUUGUCAUCGACCUGCGGUGUGUUGGUGGCGGUCAUGGAAGGUUGUAGCAGUGUGAACAAGCAUCAUUGGCCACAAGCAGAGCACUGUGCCUUACUGUGAGUUCACCUCCCAGAUCCACAGGCCCUGUCCACACCUAACAUCUUAAAUGGCUGCCCGUGCCUAUUCUAUUUUUACUUACUCUUUUACCCAUUUAUCCCCUAGUUGCUGUAUUGCAUUUGGUUGUCCCCUCAUGGCACCCUGGGUAAUUCCCUUUGGAGCUGAGUUUUCCAUUCCCAUUGACGUGAUUUUUCCUGCAGCUUAUCUUCCUUCCCUACAUUUUACCCCUACAUCUAUUACCUCGGUCUCCCUAGUUUUGUCACCCCUUCGCUUUGUUUUUUUAACUCUUAAGGGCCCAGACACACCAAACCGACUAGCGGCGACGAAGGCCGACUGUUGCGUCACCUCACGUCGCCUGCCGUCUGGGCCAAAAAGUAGCACUUGAACACACUGCAAAGGCUACAGCCGAUGGCCAAAUAGCAUGUACAUUCUGCACUGAUUCGCUAAGCUGAACAGCCAAUCAGAGUGAUCUCUCUCACCAACAGGCUGAAUCGGCCGAAAAGCUGGCAACAGGGGUCCGACUAGUGCUGACGGUGCGGGACACACCGCAAAAACUAGGGUCACAGAUGCUCACCGACAGUCCAACAUUGGCUGACAGUGUGUCAGGGCCCUGACCUUACUUUGUCCUUCACCUUUGUUUUCCUAAAAUCCAACUUGGGUUUUCUCAGACACAUUUUGUUAAAUUUUCCCUUUCUCAGCACUUUGUUUCUGUAGUGGCACAACUUUUCUCUCCUUUCAGCCCUCAUAAUCAGUUUGCUAACCUUCCCAAUCACUCCUCUCUUUCUGUCGCCCCAUCUGCAAACACCUCCAAUGUCUUCUGUCUCUGCUGUCUCGUUCUUAUCCCAGCCCUCCAUCUCUAACGAGACCCCUCUGUCGGGUCCUUGCUUGUCACUGGAGGGAGUCCUGCCUCACUCCGCCAUGUCUGCUUUUUCCUGCAGCGCCAUGUGGUCCCAGACAUGGACACAGACACUUUGGAACGCACUGCUUUUAAAAAUACGGAAAAUAUUUGUAAAUUAAUGAGAUUUGGUGAGUGUUUUAAUUUAGGUAUCUAAAAUAUUUUGGUUUCUACUUUUGAGAUUAUUUUGGGGGGGGGGGGUAAAUUAAGCACACCUCAAACUACCAGGUGGUUUUAAAAAAAAACACUUUUUACCCAUGAUUAUGUGAGAAGUCCUCAACCAAGAAAGCGCAUUUCAGACGGAUGAAUGCUAUUUAUUUGCUUUAAUGUCAAAUCCUCGUCCAGGCACUUUGAGAUCACACAGCUGACUGCAAUGAAGACGACACGUUAGUCGAUAUGAGCUGCACGGCGGCCAUGCUGGGACUCUUCGGUGGUCUGGUUUCCGGCGGGCCGAAUCUCGAGUUCCUAAAGCCACUUCGUCCCCCUUAUUUUAGGAAUCCGCACUUUGACGGUUGAACUUGACGAGCCCUAAUCUGACUUUUCAAGGAAUGUCAACAUCGCUGUCGCCUAUCCAAUCUUCUCGGAACUGUGUUUGGUUUUAGUUAUUUCCAAGAACCUAAAGCUAGUUUACAGAAACCGAGAUUCAUUCCAGCUUCUUCUUCUUCACGUGCACCUCAUGAGCAGGUGGGCUUUGGGACUCUUUUAAAGAGUCCGCCUGUGGCACUGUAUUGUUAGCGUGUGAAAUUCUGUCUUGAGUGCUUGAGAAAAAACAAGUGACUGAGCAGGGGUGUCGAUGUUGUGAGCUAGAGAGUGAUUUAGGCACCUCGGGGAGCACGACGUGGUUGUUCGGAUGUGUCUCAGUCGUAUUCGUUGACUCUGGCUUACGAGGGGGGGGGGCACCUUGCUAAGCAGCCCCACGGCAGAGUGGUCUCAGAGAGAGCAAAACAUGUUUUCGUUUUCACUUUUUUAAAUAAGUUUAAAUUAUUAUUUUUAAAGAAUUGUUGAUUAUAGUUUGAUAAGUUCACUGAUAUAUAUAUAUAUGUGUGUGUGUUUGUUGUUUUGUCUGUCGAGUCAUAGCUUCGCAGUCGUGAAGGAGGAUGCUGUUUCUCCUCGCCUUUGUAAAAUUGGUACUGGGAAACAGCACAUGUUCACCUUCUCCGAAUAAAAACCUUGCCCCUAGAUUUUGACGAGGCGGUUUUGGGGUUUUCAGCUUCCCCACCAAUGAAUAAUACUGAGAAUAGGAGGUGGGGGGGAGUUGGCUCCAAGUUACCACUCCAACCGUAGAAAAGCUGACACGCUUUCAGGAAUAAAAGCCGGCUGUGAAACUGGGCGGCGAGAUUUCGAGUAACCUCUUCGACCAGAGGGUGGCGCUAUGCCGUCGUCUGACAAUUAUGCACAAGUUUGAAAAUCCCGUAGCCUUUACCAUGCGGUCUUUAAAUGAUGAAUGGUGGUGCAACCCUCCGAUCAGUGAAGAGUGCAUGAUAAUUGACAACACAAAAAGACAGUACACGGUUCAGCAUCGCAGGUAGAUAUUCACACGUCUGCUGACCCAACUUUAUAUACGUGUUUCACGUCGAGAGAAAAACACUGGGUGGUACAUUCCAAAGCAAGCUGCUUUUUUAUUCUUUUGUCUUUUUUUUUUUUGGUUUUUACAAAAAAAAUGAAUACCACCGUACCCUUUUUGAUAUCACAGGCCAUGAUCACAUGUCUUAUCAGCAUGCAUGUUUAACGUGUCAGACAGGACAGUCAGCUAACAUUGACCCCAGGUUUAUUCUAACUCGACAACACCGGGUUUUUAAUAUUGCAUUCAAAGAAACUCCAGAAAUGUUUUAUAUUUUGUAACGGGUUCAACGGUGUCAUUCGACCACUGAGGAGAGACCAUAUCUGCAAAGAGAAUUUCGUUUAAAAAAAAAGAAAAAGAAAAAAAAGUCGUAUUUGUUUUUUCUUUUUAUCCUUCAUUCUAGAAGAGACGUCGAACCCCGGGUCGUUAUUAUCAGGUCUUAAUGACAUCAGAAAGACGAGAUAUCCAGCACAUGCAUGCAAUAUAUACCUAAGAGUCUUGUUGCUGGUCAGAGGACUUAACCUCUUAGGUCACAUGGAGGUUUCUGAAUAUAUGUGGCCUGAUCAGAGAGUCAAGAUCCAUACUCACCAGUCCUCUAUCACUGGUUUAACAUGGGUGACAACAGACUGAAGACUUGUCUGUGUACAAGUUAUGAGUUCGGUGUACGUCUCUCUCUGGUCUUCUGUCCCUCAUGCCUGUGGACCCCCCCUUGCUCAACCAGCUAUUCUCCAAAAGCACUUUUUUUUUCCUUUUUGUGGUACUCAGGAACGUCAUCAUUAAGCAACACCAGAAAAGGGAAUGAUUGUCAGUGUAUCUGUGUGUAUGUGCACAAGAGGCUUUUUUUGUUCGUUUGUUUGUUUUCUGGUUGGUUGUUUUUUUUGCUUUGUUUUUGCACAGGCGGCAGCUCUUAGCAUGUGCAGAAUGUGUGUAGUGGAGGUCUGUGAGGUGUGUGUGUGUGUGUAAUGUGCACACACACACACCGAUGUCCUCUUGCCCAGAGAUGACCAGCUGUAGAUCAUGCUUUUAAAGAAAAGUGAAAUAAAAAGCAAUGUUGCAAAUGGCAAAUCAGUAUUAAUAAAACUAUUCAAAUUGUUAA